AUGUCUUUUUCCCGUUAUUUCAAGGAUGACGACGAAGUUGUCCAACUUUCAUUAAGUGCGCAUAUAUUCACUCGCGGGAAUGUUAGACAGACUACUGGAUGUGCUUGCGCAAUUUAUAUCAAUGAUGAUCCAAAUUAUUUUAUUACAGAGAGUGCUUGGAGCACAAAAAAGCCUGUAUUCACAACUAAAAUGCAAAUAAUUCCUAAAUUAAGUACUCCCCAAAUUCUAAGAGUGAUUUUACUCGAAAUGACUCCAACAAUCAAGCCAAUUGAAGAAUAUACUAAAUUUGGUGAAGCACGCAUACCAUUGGGACGUGUUUUAGUGAGCAAUGGUGUUGCUGUCACACUCAGCGGAGCUGCAGCUGAAGUUACGAUUCAAGUCAGCCAAGAAUCAACAGGAAGAGGUGUUUUGUCUAUGAUUGUUGCAUUUUACAAUAUGCCAAAAGAUCAUUGGCUUAUGAAGAACUAUCCUGAACUACAUAUUUGCAAACAAGACUCAGAUUCUUCUCAUUGGAAGUCUGUUCGCUCCACAGAAGUCAUUAAACGUCAAGAUGCCGGUCAGUGGGAUCCAAUCUCCAUUCCUUGCAGAUCAAUUUGUAAUAAUGAUUAUUCCAAGAAAAUCAGGUUCAAAGUUGUUGACCAUCCAGAUGACGGACCUGUUGUUCCAAUUGGCUAUGCAGAUGCGAGUGUACAAGAUGUUUCUCAGUUCAGAAACCGAGUUUUAACAUUAACUCCUUAUAAUCCGAAAGUUGCAAGGUGUGGAAAUCUAAUUGUUCGUGCAGCUACACUUAUUGAGCGUCUUACAUUCUACGGACAGCUUUGCAAAGGCCUCAGAUUUAAUUUUGCCUGUGCAAUUGAUUUUGCAAGCACAAACAGACCAGCAAGAGACUCUAAAUCCCUCCAUUACACUACUUUUGGCCAAGAUAACGCCUACCAAGCUACAAUCAAUGCAAUUGGAGGUGCAAUUGAACCUUAUUCAGACGGACAUCCAUUCCACGCUUGGGGAUUCGCCGCAAAAUAUAAUAGAGUGAUGUCCCAGAAUUUCCCACUCACACUUGACGGCAGCGAAGACCUUCAAGGACUCAAAGCUCUUCAAAAUGCUUAUUGGAAUAUUUUUGAGAGCAUCGUUUUUGACAAACCAGUCCUGAUUGUUCCUUCAACACAGAUGGCCAUUAACAGGGUCAAAGGAUCAAAGAAUCCAGGAGAUUAUUUAGUUUUUCUGAUUCUCUUGGCAAAUGUUCCUGAUGACCUCGAAGAGUUUAUAGACCUUCUUUACCAAAGUCAGAUGGAGCCAAUUUCAGUAAUUAUGGUCGGAAUUGGAGAUGCAGAUUUUUCUGUUUUAGAACAGAGCUUUGAAACCGGAAAACUCGUUAAUUCGUCUGGAAAAUCGUUCGACAGAGAUGUUGCUGUUUUCUUAAGGUUUAAUAACUUCGGAAUGAACGGUUUAACAAUGCUUAUGUCAUCUGCGCUGUUUUCUAUUCCAGAUCAGGCUAUGCAUUGGUUCGAAGUUAAUAUAGAGCUUGUUUCAAGUUAG